AAAAAAUAAUUAUUGAGACCAAGAAAAAUCGCAGUAACAUAGAGCUCGGGUUUCUGUGUCUUCUCGUCGGAGACAAUGCAAGACACCGGAAGCUCUCGGAACUCCGACAAUCCAUCGCGCAAGGUCGUUGACGUAGCUGCUGGUGAAUCACACACUCUCCUUCUUACCGGAGAUGGCAGUGUGUACUCUUGGGGUAGAGGAAUGUUUGGACGGCUUGGACUUGGUUCUCAAAAAGAUGAAUUUUUUCCAGUGAAAGUGAACUUUGAAAACCCUAGUGGAAGUGGUGACUGUGUCAAAAUAGUGGGAAUUGCUGCUGGUGCUUAUCACAGUCUUGCUCUUGCAGAAGAUGGAUCUGUUUGGUGCUGGGGUUACAACAUCUAUGGUCAACUUGGUAUCAGUGAAGAGGACUCGCAUGAUUCCCUGGCUCCUUGCUUACUUAGCAAGUUUCUUGAGGUGCAACCACCUGAUUCUUCAACCGGUCUAUCUGAAGCAGAAGACAGAGCAUCACUAAAGAUGUGUACUGUCAAAGCAGGAGGAAUGAUGUCUCUGGCUAUUGAUAACCGUGGGACCCUGUGGAUAUGGGGAAACAUCCCAGAAGAAAACAAAGAAGGUGGUUUAUCUCUUGUAAGCAGUUUCAUUCCAAGACCAGUCUGGGAUUUUCAUGGUCGAGCUGUUGUCAAGGUUUCAUGUGGAAACGAGCAUGUUGUAGCGCUGGUUAGUGCUACAGAAUCACACAAGGGUGAAGAUCUACUUUGCUACUCUUGGGGUUAUAACAGCCACGGCCAAUUAGGUUUGGGGGAUAGACAGAGCAGGCUGCGUCCCGAAGUUGUAAAAAUACUCGACGAGGAUUCUCCUUUGACAAUUUACGAGGUAGCAUGUGGUGCCUUUCACACGGCUUUGCUAACUCACAAAAAGGAACGUGGUGACACAUUAGAAAGCAUGUGCUGGACCUUUGGCCUUGGCGAAAACGGUCAACUUGGGCAUGGAACGACGCAAAGCGCUUUAUUUCCUACACCCGUUAAAGUGUUGCCCCAAAAUGCAUACUUUAUUUCUGUUGACUGUGGCUUGUUUCAUACAAGUGUUGUUUCCUCGACUGGGGGUGUAUGGUCCUGGGGAAUGGAGAAGGGUCUUGGCUUAUGUCCUGACGCCAGUCGUGGUGAAACAGUUUCCGGUGACGCCCUCUCCCCCCUUCUCAUCUCAUGCACGCCGCAUCAAUCUAUUUUUCCAGAUCCAGUUAAAGUUGUGUGUGGGGCUGCACACACUGUUGUUAUCGUGCAGAAGGGAUAUAAGGUGUGGUCUUGGGGCAGAGGAAGGAGUGGUGUUCUUGGGAAUGGUAAGGAAAUUGAUAGUUACACUCCCACCAUUGUUUUGUGGCCUCCAAUGACCGAGGAUUUCAAAGAAGAGGAUUCGAAGAGCUCGGAUGAGCAAGAUAACGCCGCAGAAAAGAAACUCGAAGUAAUAACAGAAACAGACGAGAAAUUAUCAUCAGCAUUGAAUGAGGUGAAGCUACUUCAAACAAAGCUAUCUACAAUGGAAAAAUAUGCUAGUAUACUUCAUGGUUCGAUUUUUGGAAAACCUUUUGAUGAACACGAUAUACCAGUUUCGAUGUGGGAUUCAGGUUCAAUGAAUGUUGCAAAAGAAUGGGAUGACAUGUUAGAGGCAGCAGAUGAUAGGAAGCUAGUUAGGAUGGAAAUGUUUUACCGCGACAUGCUAGCCGGCGUGAAAGAUAAAUUAAUGAAGAGAAAGAUCAAGGAAAUUAUAAAGGAGUGUCUCCAAUCUUCAAAGAUUGAGUUAGUUUACGUUGGCUCUGGAAACCACAACAAGUUAUAAAUACUGCCACGUAGAUGCAAUCCAAUGCCGGUGAACUAUAAAUGUGCAUCUAACAUUGCUCCAGUGAGAUCUGUGAAUUAUAUUACAUGGGUAAUUGUGGGAAUAUUUUUCAAUUUCUAUGUGUAUAGAAAGUUCAAAGGUUGGUGAGCUAAAAGUACUUAUAUUUUGUCAACUGGUUUAGAUAUUGAAGUUACUUUUAUGGGUUUAGUACUUUAUUUUACACUUGAAUCUUAUGGUCCAACAUGGUGGGACAUUUCUCAAAUCAAGAAGGACAUGCCAAACUUAUGGCACAUCAGAAUGGGACAUUCCUCAAAUCAAGUCCUUCAACACAUUUCACAUUUUGUCAAAUGCAAUUUUGAUAGAGCAAGCGAUUGUGAUGUAUUCCACAAGGAAAAACAAUGUAGAAACCAUUUUCCUUUAAGUAUUAAUAAAGUUGAAGCACCUUUUGAAUUGAUUCA